AUGAAUCACUCAGCAUCUCCAAAGAAGCCUCCAACUCAUGAACCUGAAUUAUUUGAUCUGCCCAGUCAAUUAAAAAUAUGGGCAGUGAAUAUGUUUCAUACUACAGCUACGAAAGAGCAGAAAAAACAUGAUCCCGUUGAGCUUGGAUUACGUUUUAUCUGGGAUGAUAUUUUUGUUACACAUGAGAAACCGGAGUAUUUUGAUAAUGUUACUGUUAAACUGCCCAAAUCACAUACCCUAUUUUCAACAACUUUCAAGAAUAAUACAGAUUCAGAACAAGAAUACAGUUUUCGAACUGAACGAUGUACUAGAUCAACAGCUGAGAUUGAAAUACAAAAGGGUGUCAUUAUGUCAAAAGAACUAUCGAUCAAGUUAGCGUUACCGAGUUCAAUCAUGGAAGCUAAUGCUGGAUUUAAGCAUGAAAUUUCAAUCGGUUCAUCGACAAGACAGUCCACCGAAGAAGAACUUGCCUGGGGUGUUGAUACACGUAUUUCAGUGCCGGCAAGACAUUCUGCAUCCGCGGAAGUAAAAAUUAGUGAAGAAGAAAUGAAUUGCUGUUUCCGUCUAAAAUCUUCAAUGUAUGGACGUCUUCGUGUAUUAUUCUUGGAUCCGGUUCGAGAUAAUUCACUAGUCAAAUAUCUUGAAGAUAGAACACGUGAGAAUGGUCCUGACAAAGGUCCACAUGUAUGGACAGAACCAAUGAAAUCUGGUCAGCGGGUAUUACAUAUGGAAAUAUGGGGGAAAUGUAAAUUCCGUUUCGGUGUACACCAGGCAGUAGAAGUCAAUCAAAAGUCAUAUUAA